CCCGUUAUUUCGCUCGUUUUCCUUUGUUGUUCUCUCCAUCUCCCCCCUCAAGCAUCACUCAUGUCCGGCGCAGAACAGCGCAACGAGCGUAUGCUCGAAGAAAUCCUCAGGCAACCAGGAAACGACACUUGUGCCGACUGCCACUCUCCUUCCCCCAGAUGGGCCAGUGUCAACCUGGGCAUAUUCCUCUGCGUCGGAUGCGCUUCAGUACAUCGAAAGCUCGGUACUCAUCACAGCAGAGUCAAAUCGGUCACGCUCGACAGCUGGAGCAGAGACCAGAUAUCCACCAUGCGAUCCAUAGGCAACACCGCCUCCAACGCCAUCUACAACCCCAACGAGCGGCUGCACCCCCCUCCCUCCUCGUACGGCCACGAAGAACGGGAUUCCGAGAUCGAGCGGUACAUUCGCAAAAAGUACGAGCAAUGCGCUUUCAAAGGCGGGGCUUCUGCGCGCCUUGACGGGCGGGUAGAGCCUACGAGUCUCAACAGGGCGAGAGAGAGGGACGGGCGGUUGCAGGCCGGGGCGGCGGGGUGGACGGUUGGUAAAGAGAAUAGGCGGAACCCCGAGUUGAACGAUAUCGUGAUGCCGCGGAAGAAGGAGAGAGACUUGCCGCCUAUCCCCGUCAGCCCGUCCGCCUCUUCGCCCACUGGUAGAGCUCCGCCGAGAGCGAGGCCGGUACGCUCGCCUUCGGCGCAGAAUGUGGCUUCGAUGCGCCCAGCGCCGGCCCCGCCGUCCGAAGCCAACCUCGUCGAUUUAUCCUCCGCUUCCACCUCUACUCUGCCCCUGCAGCUCAACGUGUCCCCGUCGCCUCAACCUCAGCAACCCCAAUACAUCCCUAUACAGCCUACAGGCUUUUCCACCUCCCCGUCUUUUACCCCGCAAUUCGCGAGUCCGAAUGGGAUGAUGUCCAACUACCUCUCCCCACAACCUUCUCCUUCCCAAACAUUCAACAACAUGCAUUACUCUCCCCAGCCACAACAGGGCUACGGCCACCAUCUCUCCCCACAACCAUCCUAUUCAACUUUACAACAACCGCAGAUGUCGCCCGGCUAUCAAAGCCAGCAGGCUUUCGGGAACGGGAUGAUGGGUGGACAGCAGAUGGGGCAGAUGCAGUUGGGACAGGGUCAAUUCGGGGUGGGUAUGGGAAUGGGCCAGCAGGGGAUGAUGAAUGGAUCUUUGAAUGGGCAGGGACAGAUGGGCGGGUAUGGGCAGAUGAAUGGGCUGGGGCAGAUGGGCCAGGUGGGACAGAUGGGGCAGAUGGGGCAGAUGGGGAUGAAUGGGAUGGGCUAUCAGCAAGGUUAUCAUACCAUGUAGACGCGCCUCACUCCUCCUUCCCUUUCCUUCGUCGUCCUUCGACGUCUUUACGACCUUUUACUCCCAUCUAGCACGACUUUCAGGGUAUUCCAGUCUUUGACGACCUCUUGAUCUCUUCGUAUCUCUUGUCUUUUCUCCUUUUUCCAUCUGUCUUGUAUAUCCAUAUAGGGACGCUCCUUCGUAUCUCUUGACUUUUCUCCUUUUUUGUCUGUCUUGUAUAUCCAUACAGGGACGCUAUGUGUAUGAGUCUUUAUGUAUCAGUUGAAAGAGCG